AUGGCGCCCCCUUUAGAACCGUUUAAUACCAGCAAUGAUGCCACUUACGGCGUUUGUAUUGCUAGGAAUUUCAAUAAUAAAAUAACUAUUGGUAUCCACACGGGCGAAGUCGUAACUGGAGUGAUAGGUCAAAGAAUGCCUAGAUUUUGUCUUUAUGGAAAUACAGUUAAUUUAACUAGCCGUACCGAAACGACAGGUCAACAAGGUAAAAUAAACAUCACAAAAGAUGUUUACACAAUUUUAUGUGAUAGAUACAAUUAUGACGAACAGUUUUAUUUUGAAUAUAGAGGUCCAAUAAUCAUGAAAGGAAAAUCAGAACCUAUGGAUAUAUAUAUUUUGUCAAGAUCUUCAUUAGAACAAACGAAUAAAUAA